GCCAUUUUGUAAGGAUAUAAGAAAUACUAGCAGGUCUACCUCCCGUCUACGACAACCUGUAGUUUUGUUAGUGCCAUGGACGGCCGUUUAGAGACUGAUCUGUAUCCUCUGGGAUCCAGUUACGUCACUGAAAUAGACAGUGUCCAUGAUAUAACGGUCGGCACAAAGAGGGGAUCUGACGAACUCUUUUCCUCCUGCAUAUCUAACGGACCUUAUAUAAUGAGCUCUGGAGCAGCAAAUGGUAAUGACAGUAAGAAGUUCAAAGGGGACAUCAGGAGCCCAGGCGUUCCUUCACGAGUCAUUCAUGUACGCAAACUGCCAAAUGACAUAAAUGAAGCAGAAGUUAUUUCUUUGGGGCUUCCCUUUGGCAAAGUGACCAACCUUCUGAUGCUGAAAGGAAAGAACCAGGCCUUCCUGGAGAUGAACACUGAGGAGUCAGCACAGACCAUGGUCAGCUACUACUCCUCCGUCACCCCUGUCAUCCGCAACCACCCCAUCUACAUGCAGUAUUCCAAUCACAAGGAGCUAAAGACUGACAACUCACCCAACCAAGUUAGAGCACAGGCAGCGUUGCAGGCGGUGAAUGCGGUCCAGACAGGAAGCAUGUCUUUGAGCACUGUUGAUGGAGCAGGCAUGGGCAGCCAAAGCCCUGUACUGAGAGUCAUUGUUGAAAACCUCUUCUACCCGGUUACUCUUGAUGUUCUUCACCAGAUCUUCUCAAAGUUUGGCACAGUUUUGAAGAUUAUAACCUUUACCAAAAACAACCAGUUCCAAGCACUGGUCCAGUACUCCGACGGAAUGACUGCUCAGCAUGCAAAACUGUCUUUAGAUGGACAGAACAUCUACAAUGCUUGCUGUACCCUUCGCGUCAGUUUCUCUAAGCUCACCAGCUUGAAUGUGAAGUACAACAAUGAUAAGAGCAGAGACUACACUCGCCCUGACUUGCCUACAGGAGACAGUCAACCCACCCUCAAUGCACAGACAAUGGCUGCAGCUGCCUUGACUGCUCCUGGUAUCAUCUCUGCAUCACCAUAUGGGGCUCAUGGUUUCCCACCAACAUUUACCAUUCAGCAGGCAGCAGGUCUGUCUCUGCAGGGCAUGCCUGCCGGGGCUCUCGCAUCGCUUGGUGUCCCUGGUGCUGCGGCGGCCGCUGCUGCAGCGGCUGCUGCAGGACGCCUUAGUUUUUCCGGUCUCACUGCUGGAGGAAACAGUGUCAUGCUGGUCAGCAACCUUAACCCUGAGAGCGUUACGCCCCAAUGCCUCUUUAUUCUUUUCGGCGUGUAUGGUGACGUCAUGAGAGUGAAGAUCCUAUUCAACAAGAAAGAGAAUGCUUUGGUGCAGAUGUCUGAUGGAACCCAAGCCCAGCUAGCCAUGAGCCACUUGAAUGGGCAGAAACUGUAUGGUAAGGCUUUGCGGGUCACGCUCUCCAAACACACCACUGUGCAGCUGCCACGUGAAGGCCAUGAGGAUCAGGGGCUCACCAAGGACUACAGCAACUCUCCUCUUCACCGCUUCAAAAAGCCAGGCUCCAAGAACUACUCCAACAUCUUUCCUCCUUCCUCUACUCUCCAUCUUUCCAAUAUACCACCUUCUGUCACUGAGGAUCAUCUCAGAGGCUUGUUUUUAAGUUCAGGAGCUGUGGUUAAGGCCUUCAAGUUUUUCCAGAAAGACCGAAAAAUGGCUCUCAUCCAGUUGGGCUCUGUGGAUGAAGCGAUCGAGUCUCUGAUCAAAUUUCACAAUCACGACCUGGGAGAAAAUCAUCACCUCAGAGUGUCUUUCUCCAAGUCCACUAUCUGAUGGAGGCUGUCUUGUUUUAGAGAAGGUGAAAGGACUGUCACUUUAGACCAAACUUUAAGCCUUCCACAAUUUAUAUCACUGUGGACAAAUGUAAUUUCCACAACACACACUUCAUCAUUCCUUUUAUUAUAUCUAAAUUCACAUGUAUGUCUAUUAGUAAUUCCACUUUGAACCCAAUGUGAUUUGGGUUUUAAUAGUACCUUUUCUCAGACGGUUUGUCUCAUGAUUUAGUUAAUCAUUGGUACACAUCGGUUUUGGAUCAUAGAUGCUGCAUAGUUUACACUUGUGCCUCUGCGGAAAGCCGCACCCUUUCAGGUUGCACACGCAAAGCCUUGUUUUGUUUGUUGAACCUAUAAUUAACUUUUUCAAAGCUAUUCCCUGUUUUGCUUUCCAAAAAAGCAACUGUGCCUUACACGGUGCUUAAAGUAUAUCAUCUUAAUGGCCUUAGUAAUGUCUUGAUGUUUUUGGCUUCUUUGCAGGAACCAUUAACCUCAAACAUACAAAAAAUACUGCCUGAUGUUCCCAGGUGGUCUGUUUAAAUUUGACUAGUGAAAGCGCAGGAAUGUUUUCCUGUGAAAGACCGCAAAUAGUCCAGAGUUCUUUACAGGCUUUGUUUUUUUUUUUUACUUGACUGUCACAGCUUAUUUUGCAUAUAGUUGUUCUAUAUAUGUGGUUCUACUCCUUAUGUACCAUUUUCUAAGAUAUAUUCUAUAGUUUCAUUCCUUAUUUUAAGUCGCAAACAUUUGUAUACUGUAUCAUCUUUUUGGGCAUUGGCCCGCUGCGCUCUGUGUCUAGACCAUCAUAUUUUCCAUUUAGUUGGGAGCAGGACACCUAAAUCCCCCACACACACACACACACACUUUUCCCUGUUGCUUAUUAAAGGUUUUGUUAAUUACAAAACCGCUAGCAACCAAGCCAGGGUUCGCCGCCUAUGAUUUGUUUUUGUUUUUUACAUUUUGGUUAUGUUGCAUGUGACAAAGGAAGUCAAGCUCACAGGAGUUAUAAUGAACUUGUAAAUGAGUUUAUUUGGACCUUCCAGAGCUCACGUUUCUACUGUCCAUUUGUCACUUGCCUUUUGUGUUAAAAAAAAAUAUUAGCAUUACAGAGUCUUAAUCUCCUGUGUGACGUUUUGUGUGAACCGAGACACCUGUGAUAAGACUUAAGACUGUUUUUAGCACUUCUUUGUAUGGAGGGGAAAUAUUAAGGCCAUGUUCUUUCUGAUGCAUCAAUUUCAUGUUGAUUGUAGCACGAGUCUUGAUGUGCAGACAUUCCCUAUUACUUUUCAGCUUGUACUUGUACUAUUGGGGAAAUUCUCAGUUUCUUUAUCCUUUGCAAUUUAGUAGAAUAUUGGCGUUACUGACAGGUGUUGAGUUCAUUUGGGUGGGUUUUUUUUUUUUUUUUUCUUCAGAAGAGUAGCAUGAUGGACCAAAGCAUCUUCCCUGUUCUGCCAGCCAAUUUUUGAUAUCUUAUUUGAUAUCUUGUAUCUUUACUGUGCAGCGACAUUGUUUUAUCAACCACUUUGAUUUCAGUGGGCAGAAGGUGAAAAUUUUUUGAAGGCUUAUGUGUAUAUAUUGCCUUUGUUUACAAGAAGCAACACAAGCUCUUGAAAAAAUAUUACAAAUUAGAGACGACGUUGUGGGCUUUUUUUUUGGCCUUAAGUAUGUAUCGGAUGAUUAUUUCUGUUAUCAGAGAACAGAACCAAACAAAAGUCUUAAGUAGCAACAGAGCUCCUUUCUAUUGCGUUAGUUGAAUUUCCUAGUUUUCCCAGUAUGGAUGUAAUAUUGAGGAACAGAGUGGGUGAGGGCUACUGUAUAUAAUUUUUGUUUUGUACAAGUAAUUGAAAAUCAACAUAAUUUCUGUGUCAAACAUGUAUAUUUUGAUAAGGUUAUAGCAGACAUUCAGCUCAUUGUAGAGCCUUCCUUUUUUAUUACACAAUAUUAAAAGAGAUUUCAACACAUUGUCUGAACAUGUAAUUGCCCUCUUGAAAGCUUAAUUCUUUUGAUAUAGAUGCUCAUACUUUUUUCUGUCUUCAAUAAAUCUUUCCGUUUCUUGCUUUUA